CGGUGCUGUGAGGCCGGAAGUGCUGGUUGCCAUGGGGACAGUGCGCGCAACUCUAGGCCUGGCUGAGGGGGGGCAGAAUGCACGCAGUGGAAAAGAAAGUCCGUGCCUUUGUACGAGUCAAGCCAACGGCUCAGUUUGCUCAAGACGUCAUCAAGUUUGGGCCAGACAACAAGAGUAUAGGCAUAUACAUCCAAAAAGAUGCCAAGAAGGGAACUGUGAAUAACUCACAGACUGACUGGUCCUUCAAACUGGAUGGUGUCCUGCACAAUUCCUCCCAGGAACUGACGUAUGAGACUGUAGCUAAGAAACUGGUGUCUGAAGCUUUAACUGGCUAUAAUGGUACAAUAAUGUGUUAUGGGCAAACAGGAGCUGGUAAAACUUAUACAAUGACUGGAAUAGCUUCAGAGUAUAAGCAUCGAGGAAUCAUACCCCGAGCUGUCCAGCAGGUCUUCAGAGCAAUCGCACGUUCUGUUGAUUCAUUCGUCACUGUCCGGGUAUCCUACUUGGAAAUCUACAACGAGACAUUGUGUGACCUUCUGUCCACCAUGAGAAGCAGUGAGGACAGUGACAUGGAGAUGGCUAUAGUGGAUUGCCCACAGGGUGUUUAUGUGAAAGGCUUAUCUAUACAUUCUGUUAGCGACGAGGAGGAUGCUCUGAAUCUCCUUUUUGAGGGUGAGUCCAACAGAGUAAUAGCGGAACACACACUGAAUAAAAAAUCAUCCAGAUCCCAUUGCAUCUUUACUAUCUAUAUUGAGUCUCGUUUCAGAGUCCUCUCAGAUGACAGAUGCAUUCAUUCUAAAAUCAAUUUAAUAGAUUUGGCAGGCUCCGAGAGACUGAACAAGACUGGAUCUGGAUGGCGAGUGCUGAAGGAAGCUGCGUACAUCAACAGGUCUCUGUCAUUCCUUGAGCAAAUGAUCAUUGCCCUGGCUGACCCAAGGAGGGAGCACAUCCCAUUCCGGCAGAGCAAGCUCACUCAUUUCCUCAAGGACUCGCUGGGAGGAAAAUGCAAUACUGUCCUGGUGGCGAAUGUCUGUGGGGAAGCUCUGCAUGUAGAAGAGACUUUGUCUUCUCUUCGUUUUGCUACCAGAAUGAAAUGGAUCACAUCAGAGCCAGUCAUUAAUGUGACAUACGACUCAGAGGGGACAGUGAAGGCUUUGGAGAAGGAGAUCAGUCUUCUGAAGCAGGAGCUGGCCCUGCAUGACAUCUUGGUAAAUCAUUCUUUGGUGACUUAUGAACCUCUGACUGAUGUCCAGAUAGCAGAGAUUAAAUCUCAAAUCCAUAAAUAUCUACGAGGAGCCAUUGAUGAAAUUGAUAUAGUGAACUUCAGGCAACUCCAGGAGGUGUUUAGGCAGAUCAGGCUGUUUGUAAGACAACAGGAAGGUGAAGUGGAAACCAGAUUACGAAGCAAGUAUGUUCUGAUAGACAGAAACGACUUUGCUACUAUUGCUGCUGCUCAGAAGGUGGGUAUAGUAGAUUUGGAUCACCAUUUGUUGAAGAAACAAGACGUGGAGACCAAACCUACCCCAGUUUUACCCAAAGUCGAUGAGAAGAAGAAACCCAGGGCAACCAGUGAGCGGACCAAGAAGGAAGGAACUAAACACUUGUUUUCUGGGAAAGACUUGACUGCUAACUUGCCACCAAAAAAUAAGGUAAUAAUUCCCACCAAGGAUCUGGAUGUGAAAGAGAAAGAAAGGAGUGAAGAUAUAGCAAAUAUUGAUGCACAGCCCCCAAAGCCAGUCACUGAGGAGGAUUCCCAGCAUCCCAGCUCCCCUCCAUCCAGAGAAGCGGCAUUUGAGCAAUUCAAGGAGGAGUGUGGAAGUGAGAUCAACCGGAUCUUUAAAGAGAACAAAAGCAUCCUCCUCGCCAGGAGGAAGAGAAGCAGUACAGUAGCCCGGAGAAUCAACAUCAUCAAACAAGAAAUAGAGGACAUCAAAAAGGCUCUGGAGGCUCAGAAGCAGGAGCGGUUGCAGCAGGGAGAGUACGUUGAUGAGGAAGGACACCUCAUCAUUGAUGAGAAGGAGUUUUUACUCAUCAUGAAGCUGAAAGACCUGAAGGAAGAAUACAGAUGUAGCUAUGCUGAACGGCAGGACCUGAAGGCAGAAAUCCAGUACUGCCAGCAGAUGGUGGACCGGUGCCGGAACAAACUCGUCUCAGAGUUUGAGAUCUGGUACAGUGAGUCCUUCCUCAUCCCCACAUACGUGCAGAAUGCCCUGAAGCAACAUGGCAACAUCAGACCUGGAAUGAUUCCCAUAAACAGAGUUAUGUGCCUGGAGGAAGAUGAGCAGGACAGGUUCGAGCAGAUGCAGGAGGUGAUGCUGCCCUAUGGACCGGAUUCUGUCGCAUUCUACAGGGCCAAAAUGAAAACUGAUCAACAGCACACAUUCAACAGAACCAUGUCGUCCCUCAAGCUAAUGCAUAAGAAACCCGGGUACAUCAGAGCUGCAGGGAAGGAUAAAGCCCUGUCAUUUCUACGUGUCACAUAGUGAAUUGGGGCUCGCCUGGUGUUCAGCACAAGGAGGAUGAGCAAUGUCACUUCAUUGCCACAACUGGUUUAUCAAAAAUAAACAGAAGGGAAGAAAAAGACAGUAGCAAAGAAACAAGUUGGUUUUGUGCAGCUGGAACAACCGUUACUGGUAAUCAGACCCAGAGCUCCAACAGGAUGCAAGCCAGGGAGCUGAAAUAGCACUGCUUGUUUUGUGGGUGUCCCUGCACCGUGCAAUGUGGUGGCAGAGGGGUGUCAUGGGCACCUUGAGCUGCUCCUGCCCUCCUUCCUCCUGCGGACAGAGCCUCCCAGCCUUAUUCUCACCUGUAUGAGCAUCAAGGCAGUCUGUGCUGGCUCCAUCCUGACAAGGAGGAGUGGGUGAGAGCCCUCAGACUGAAGCAGCAGGGUUCCAACAGCCUGCUCUGGAGAUAGGUGCACACAAGGAAGCAUUUCCACCAGCAUUAGAUACAACAGUGUUGAGUUACAGCAGCCUCCCUAUCCCAGGACAGGAGAAUUGGGCACUGUUUGCCCACUGCUCUCCAGCAAAGGUAGUUCUGAUCCAAUCCAGGUUGAGAUCAUGGUGCCCAGCAUUGAGCAGAGCACACUCAGGGCUUCUGAGUCCUCCAAGGGACAUCCCUUGCUCUGCUGACUGCAUCCAACAUAGAUCUGUGGCUGGGAAGGGCAACCUCUCCUCCCCAACCUGCUGCAGUUUGCAUGGUUGACCUGGUUGUGGGACAUCCCCCCUGCAGUGCAAUGCAAAACCCAUCACUGUAACUCUUCUUCCUUGCUGGAGCUUUGUAGGCUGCUCCAUCCACCACAAAUUACAGCAUCCUGAGGGAUUUUCACCUGAAACACUGGGUAAAUUAAUUAAUCCAAGCUGUUUGCUUGGCUUUAAUUCCUUGCAGUUUACUUUGUUGCUGUAAUAUCGCCUGCUCAGCCCAAGGGCUAGUGAUAACAGUGUGUGUACAUCAGC